AUCGUUGGCCUUACAGCUCUUCCAAAAUACACUAUAAAACGCAACACAGAACUUUUUUUUUUAUUGUACUCUAGUUUAGCCUCUAGAACAUACCAUGCUUCUUUAAAUGAUUUUUUCCAGCAAAAUAUGGUAGGAUAUCCUAAUCUCCAACAUAUGCAAAAGUCCUCUUCAAAAAAAACAUAUGCAAAAGUCUCCACGUCACCAAUCCAAACGUCCACUACGAACUCUUGUCAGUUAUUUCAAAAUCGAAGUUGCCGCUUCUUUGUUUCUGUGAUCGAGAUCUGGCCGUUGAUUUAGUAAACCAAUAUAACGGCACAGACCCAAAAAGCUCCUCUCUCUUUCUUCUCCACUCUUCGUCUCUCUCAGUCAGUCCGCUCCAAAUUCUCUCUCUCUGUUCACCUAAACCACAAUUCGCCCUUUCCAUCAUUACCCAUUAGCGAAUUGACAGUUCACAUGGGAAGAAAAAGAGGUAAGAAAACUGUACAGAAAGUCGCUGAGGAAAUUGAGCCCCAGAAUGAGAGGCAGGAAGAUCAGUUUACGGACCCAGAUGCAGUUGAGCGACGAAUUUCUGCCGUUAAGGCUAUUAGUGACGUGGAGAUUGAACACGUGCUGACCAAAUUGCGUUUGCUUCGCUCGUAUUGCACCAAGGAGCAGCGGCAAACACCUGUUUUGCAAUUUUUUAAAGAAAAUUUUCCGAAUUUGAAAUUUGUAAAAAAUGAAGAAAAUGGACAUCUAGAACUUGAGUGGAUUGGUGACGAUGGCAAAGUAUCCAUGAAUGAUGGAACUGAUUUACAUUUAUCUCUUCUUAACCAGUUCUCUAUGGCUCAUUCUGGUUGCCAAACUUUGGGUGGCUUUGAGUUUUCUAGUAAAGCAGAGAGAUCAAGGUUUUUGGGUGGUGAUAAUCUGCAGAUCAGAGAUUUUGUUUUAGAGGAGCCAUUUGAUACUCAGAUGCUAGGGCAGCAUGAUUCUCUCCAAACUCCCGGGGUUAGUAGCCUGAGGCUAUCUAUUGGGGUCACACCCAAAACGCGAAGGCUCCCAAAGCCUGGGGAGACCCUUUUAUCUGUCCAUGGAUCGCCCCUUGGUGUUUACAAGGAAGAUGAUAUGGAAGCCAUAAAUGAGUCAGAAGAGGGAUGACUGGCUUCAAAUUGCUCCCAAGUGACAGUUGAUCAGGAUGGAAGUCAACAGUAUGCUACUUGCCAAUCAAGAUUUGUUUGUUUAUGCUCAUAGAACUGUGAUAACGAUCACUGUAAUACCUAAAACAUUCUCUCGUCUCUCUAAUACCUUUGGGAAUUUAGCUCUAUCCCUCAAACUUACGUUCCUCAUCUUUAUACUGUAAUAGCUUCAAGCCUUUAUUGUAAUUAGUUUUAGAUUAGUGCUUCCACCGUCUAGUGGACUCUUUGUCU